AGAGCGGCGGAGGGAUACCGGCCGCUAUAUAAAGGCGGCGCAGGGGCUGCUGGGCCUCUUUGCGCGGCGGUCGGGCUCGGGGCGCGGGCGGGAGCGUGUGUGCCGCGCCGCCGCCGUCAUGGGCUUCGGGGACCUUAAGUCCGCCGCCGGCCUCCGGGUCCUCAAUGAUUUCUUGGCUGACAGGAGCUAUAUCGAGGGGUACGUCCCUUCUCAGGCUGAUAUAGCAGUCUUUGAAGCAAUCGCUGCCCCACCUCCUGCAGACUUGUUUCAUGCUCUUCGGUGGUACAAUCAUAUUAAGUCGUACGAAAAGCAAAAGGCAAGCUUGCCAGGAGUGAAGAAGGCUUUGGGGAAAUACGGUCCUGCUGAUGUUGAGGACACAACAGGUGCAGCCACAGAUAGCAAAGAUGAUGAUGACAUUGAUCUUUUCGGGUCUGAUGAUGAGGAGGAAAGUGAAGAAGCAAAGAAACUGAGGGAAGAACGUCUGGCCCAGUAUGAAUCAAAGAAGUCCAAAAAACCAGCUGUUGUUGCCAAGUCAUCAAUCUUGCUCGAUGUGAAACCUUGGGAUGAUGAGACAGACAUGGCCAAACUAGAGGAGUGUGUUCGAAGCAUUCAAGCAGAUGGCUUGGUCUGGGGAUCGUCCAAGCUAGUACCAGUUGGCUAUGGUAUCAAAAAGCUUCAGAUCCAGUGUGUUGUUGAAGAUGAUAAAGUUGGAACAGAUAUGCUGGAAGAGAGAAUAACAGCUUUUGAAGAUUAUGUACAAUCAAUGGAUGUAGCUGCUUUCAAUAAGAUUUAAGUCUUGAUAUAUCUAGAAUAAAUGUAAUUGCAAAAA